UCAGUAAGAUGAAGACGUGUGCUGUGAUGCUGGCCUGUGCACUGAUGCUGAGCUGUUUAUCCUCCGUCUCAAACCCAAGCGGACACUCGCACCAUUCACAACCACUGGAGCAGCGCCAUCACAAACUGGACCUGCAGAGAAGACCACACAAACAUCUGGAGCCAAAGAGCCACUCAGACGGCUUUCCCACACCACACCCGGCCUUCAUCCACAGAUCCAAGAGAUCUCCCAAACGCAGAGGUUUCUUCCGCAGCAGGAUGAACAGAAAGAAAGUGAGCCGCGAUGAGAGAGAGAAGGGGAAGAGCCGAGCGUGUGCAUUAAGACAAGUGCAGCUGAAAGUGUCAGAUCUGGGUUUGGGCUACCGGAGUCAGGAGGAGCUCAUAUUCAGCUACUGCAGCGGCGUCUGCACAAACUCCCUCACAAACUACGACAAAAUCCUCAAAAGCCUCACAGGCAGCAAUAAAAACUUCCUACACAGCUCUCCUCCGACAGCCUGCUGCAGACCAGUCGAAUAUGAUGACGACCUGUCCUUUCUGGAUGAUAAUCUGAUAUACCACACUAUGGGGAGACACUCGGCACGCAAGUGUGGCUGCGUUUGA